CGUUAGCUAAACAGGACCUGACGAGCCAAGUUAGCGGCUAACGUUAGCAGCUCUGCUAACCUGCAUGUCUGCCCGGUGUCAGCGAGGAAGCAGCUGCCUCGGAUGAUGCAAGUUCCUCAAGACACCUUCUUCUACCAUUCAAAUUCAAGGUUGGGAGCUGAUGGAGGCCUCGAAAAUGAGAGACAACUGUUGGUCGAAGAACAGAAGCUAUGCAGAGCCCGUGCUCGCAAGUUUUCUGUGGAAACCAACCGACGGAGGAAGGCUCUGGAGGAAAGACAGAAGCAGCGGGAUGUGCAGGAGCAGCGGCUGCGGCAGAAUAUCCUGCAACAACGCAGACAGCGCGUACAGGAUGCAACUGAGCGCUUCCAAAGAGCCCAUCUACCUCCUUCUCAGAGAUACAGACAAUCUUUUAGGAGAAAUAACCCAAAUAUCGAAGACGCACUCAAUCAAAUUCAAAGCACGCUCAGUUCACACAGCGGGCAGUCCUCGUUCUUGUCCAGCAACUCCAGCGUUAACAGAAGCUGCACUCCGUCUCCCAAGCCUCCCACAGUUUCUAAAUCCUCCCACCGCCAAGCACUCUCUGCUGUGGAGGCCUACACUAAACUGCUUCAGGAGCAGAGCAUGACUUGCUUCAGGAACAGUCAACAAACUGAAAAGGCACAAGAAAAGCAACAGGAUCACAGUCCACAGGACAGCCAGCUGUCUGACUGCUGUCAUUCUGAAAGCCUUUCCAGUAAGGACAGUUUGGAGAAUGAGGACUCCUACCACAGUACAAAACAUCACCAGUAUUCCUUUUCAUCGUUCCUCCUUGAUUCAGAGAAGCCCCAUCCAGACCUGAGAAAGCAAAAUGAUUUGUGUCCAACAUCAGACAUAACUUCUUUCUCAACGAUGAUGCUCCUCAGUGAUAACUUACCCCAGUCAAGAAAACUGCAUGAAACUAAGAUGAAAACACAAGAGGACUCUGAAGUGCAAAACAUUAAGAUCCACACUACUGAGGCUUCUUGGGGGUUUACGUCUGUUGAGCAAACGCCUAAAACUGAGGCCCAGCCUGCUCUGCACAACUGCAACUUAUUCACUCUUUGUGAAAUUCUAAGUACGGACCCAGAUCACUUUGAGGUGAACUCCUCACAGCACAGCCCCAACAACAACAUCGUCGUUACAAGUGGAACUGCGUCCAGCAACACAGCUCUUCAGUCUUCGUGUCCUAAGCAAGAGACUCUGUUGGAUCUCAGGCAGCAGAGGGUCACUGAUGACAGACAAUUAAAACAUCCAUCAGCUACAGAGAUCCUUUUGCCUGCCAAAAAUGGCAAUAGCAAAGACAUUUUGUUAAGGGCUCCCCCAAAGCCAAAUAUUUUCCUGAACGAUAGUGCAACAGAUAAUGCCUCAAAAGAAGGACCUCUUCAGCAAACAGGAAAAGAAAUCCACUAUCUGUCGUCCCAGAAAGACCCUAGUGUUUCCAUAAACAACCUCAAUAAAGUUUCAAACUCAGAGCCAAAAUCUGACACAGCAUUGCUGCAGCACACAUGCUUGUCUAACAUUCAAUCAGACACUCGUAAGUGCCUUAAACAUCCUGAGGAGGAAGUACAAAAAUUACCUGUUUCAGUGGGGACACCUCAUUCAGUAUGUGAAGUCAGAUUCAUUAAAGGAAUCCUUAAAAAGCAACCCAAAUACAUGUCAGGAGAUACCACAUGUGUGUAUGGCUCAGGACAUCUGAUUUUUGCGAAACAAGUAGCUUUAGCGAUCAGAGAUAGUGUUGAAUUGACCAGGGCAAAAACUAAGGAUGUGGAGGGCAAAGACUUGGUCAAAAAGAAGCUGCGUUGGUUUGAUGAGGUACAAGAGGACAAAAAACAGGGCAUAAUGAAAAAGAUGAAAAGCAAGUCCAAUCUUAAUCAGUCAAGUAACAACUCAGACGACCACCAGCUAAGUCUCACUACAGUCUCAGGGGCUUCCAAGUCUGGACCCAGCGUGACCUCUCCAGCCUCCACUGGUUAUCACUUUACAAAGCAAGCGUGGGCAGAUGUUGUGGUUCAAGUCAGCUUGGCCCAGGAAAGAACAGACGAGGUCAAGGUGCCGUGGAGCAGCAUCGCCACUGGUGGCCCCAAGGUCCCUCGGAGAGAGCGCUCUGCCAGAGCUGUGGCGGGUCCUGUUUCCUCACGGACUAGAAAGGGCACUGUCAUACGACCUCAAUCUGCCACCGAGGUGAGUCAGAUUGCCAAAACCCAAGGGAAGAUCAUGGUGCCCCGCCCACCUCCUAGGAUGGAAUAUGUGGAAGAAAAGACACCAUACGUCACUAAGACUCCAUAUGGCGUGGAUCAUGCAAGUAACAACUGUAAACAAGCUGUGGCUGUAGAGCAGGCCCUGCACAAGGACAACUCCGAAGGCUUUUUCUCACCUUACACACAUCAUGUAAUGAGAACAGAUAGUACUGUUAUGUACACACCACUUCCACCCUCGUAUACCUGCCCCGUCUCGGAGGGCAACACAAAGGGCACGCCCAGCUCAAGUCAUCAGGAAACUCAGGGCAGCAGUAGAAGAAGAGGGACGAUGUACAAUGAAAAAGGCCUCCGUUUGCAUUGCACUCCCACAGAUGAGGAGAUCUCACAGCUCUGGAGCGGUGUCCGCACUGCUUUAGCCACCAAGGAUGCGAAAACCAAGCUGAGAAGACAGGCCCUGGAGAGUGGGCGGGUUGUGAGGAAGUCCUGCGUGGAGCAGAGCAGACAGCUUCCUGGCUCAGGGAACAGAAGGCUUCCUCAGACCUCUCAGCCAACAAAACAGACCACAGAGCCAGUCAGCCAGUUUUCCGGCACUUACGACAUGGCCUUUACAGAUGAAGGUUUGGAAAGUGCGGCCCGGUUACACCUGGCUGAAGAACAUGCUGAAGGCCGACUGGAAGAAAGGGGUACUGUGGCUGCCAUGGAAACGGCCCAAACACAGAGGCCUGGAACGGUGCAGCAGCGGAGCCAACAGCAGGGACUCACCACCAUUUCAUUGGAAGAGCAGAAAAUCCUCCUCUCUCUGGACCGACUCAACCACCAGCUGUUCUGUGUAAGGGAACAUGUGGGGGCCAGUACUGGCACGCGGGGCCUCGUACUUAUUGAUGGACCCUCUACAAGGGAAGCCAAAGUCGGAAACCAUCACAAGCACCGUGCAUCCUCAGCUAACAACCGCUCUCGAUAUCAGAAGAAAUUCUGACUCACAGCAUGUGUGGUCUUCUCUCCCAUCAGUGCAUUAUCCCUAUCUGUACUAUAUUACAGAGCACUUUAUCACCCUGUAAAAUGGGUCGAACCUCCUGUAAAACUAAAUAUGCCCAUAAAAGUAACUUUAAGAUUUAGGGGAUCAGUAGCAGUGGACUGUAGAGGCCGUUAGACAUAUCAGCAAAAUUAGAAAAUAAUUUUGAUGUAAGUAAGUAGAAUUUAUUUUUUAUUUUUUUGCUAUCUGCUCAGACAAAAUGUUGUCUCAGAAAACACUUGUUGCUUUUGUCGACCCACUUACUGUUAAGCAGUCAUAUUUUAAGUGCCUAUGAAAAUUACACUGAUUUGUUUUUGUUGUACAAAUGAAAAAAGGUCCCUCUUAUUAGCUGACACAUGACCAGAACUGACUGGAAGUUAUGCACUGUACAUCUGUGUUGGCUUGAUUUUGAAGCAGUCGUACUCGAACUGUCUUACGGCUUUGACACCAUAUGGCUGGAACUGAAUAAAGCUUGUUGUCAAUGCACUGAUAAAUGGACUGGGUGCAGCGUGUUUGGCAGCGUUACUAUUACCUCAGUGAUGUGUAGAACAGUCAAUAAACGGACUAAGGACCGGAAAUGG